AAUAACCAUCUGACUGGGACACGGUGAUCAUCAAUCAUUCACCUGUGGAUGGGGAGAGAGGAUAGUUUUACCACAAGCGGCAAGUCACCGCGUCAAUGUACCAGUCAAAACAGGGAGUAGGUACCCUAGUUCAGGGAACUGUGGUGAGCGUGGAUGAAGGGAAGAGUAAACGAUUGAGAACAAUUAUUCCGAUAUCUGCUCGAAGUGCCUGAACGGUGCGCGGACGGAAGACCUGUAGACGGCUGUUAGCACCAGCAUGGAACGUUACGUAUCGUGGACACUACUACUUUACCUCACAAAGCUCUCUUUUCAAGGACUUGUUUCAGCGGACUCUCCCACAGCCACCAUACAGUUAAUGAAGGAACGGAUGAAAGACUACGAUAAGAAUAUCUUCCCUCGAUGUGACAACAACGACACGUCUCCUGUGGAAGUCAGCCUCGAUAUGGCCAUGCGUCAAAUUCUCGAUCUGCGCGAACAACAGCAACUACUGGAAGCCAGUACCUGGAUGAGAUGGAAAUGGCAAGAUUGCAGACUGAGAGGCGUGGUUCCAAAUACGAAUAAGGAGAACUAUGUGUCAGUAGCAGCGAGCAACAUUUGGAUGCCGGACAUUACGCUGUAUGAGCAUGUGGGCGUGCCCUUACACACAAUGGACGACUAUCCAGCUAAGGUCUACUGGGAUGGCACGGUGUCUUACAACUUCCCAGCCGUCAUCAAGGUGGUGUGUAAAAUUCAGAUGAAGAACUUUCCCUUUGACAAGCAGACUUGCCAACUCACCUUCGGUUCCUGGAUGUAUCUAGUAGACGAAGUGAACGUCACGGCAAAGAACGACAAAGGCGAUGACAGCUACUACGUCCAUAACGGUGAAUGGGAUCUGGAUGACUUCCCUGUGGAGAGACACGAGAUUCUCUACACCGGUUAUGACCUGCCGUUUGUAGAUGUGACAUUUACUCUCGUUCUUCAAAGAAGACCUACCUAUUACAUCUUCAACAUCAUAUUCCCCACCUUUCUGGUCGGCCUUGUGUCCGUGCUGUCAUUUUCCCUACCACCGGCCACUGGGGAAAAAGUGUCUCUAUCCGUGACGUCACUGCUCACGCAAACUGUGUUUAUGUUGAUGUUGUCACAGGAGAUGCCGAGCACAUCGGAAUCCAUCCCUCUUAUCCAGCGUUACUUUGCCGCCAUUUUGUGUAUCGUGUCGACCUCGACCAUCAUGACCAUUCUCGUUCUGAACCUACACUACAGAGGGGAAUAUGGUCGUCCUGUGCCGGGAUAUCUCAAAACAUUGCUGCUCAACAAAUGUUUGCGAAAGUUUUGUCAGCUGCCAGAAAAUGUGGACAAUGCACAGAAGUACAAACCACAGACAUCUAUGAAACAGCAAGAUGUGUCCACUAUAUUUGAAAAUGGCGAUAAAGACGUUCCCAUUCCCACGACAAACGGAUACCACAACAGGCUGAGGAACCAAGCAUACGCAGACACUACCAUUCCACAAAUGACAAGCGCAAAUAAAGAUGAUUCCAUGACAGCCAGGGUUGCCGAAUUGGUUUCACAUUUGUGUAACAAACAAGCGGACAAGGGGAAACUUAAGGCUAUUAUAAAGGAAUGGGAAGACUUGGCGUCGGUUGUUGAUCGUAUUUUCUUAAUUGUGUGUUUCACAUCCUUGGUUAUUACCACGGCUGUUAUCUUAUUUGCUUAAGAAACAGUUUUUCAAGACAUAUACAUUUAUGUGAAUAUCAUUGAAUGAGAACGUUUAGUCGGUCAUCGGAAAAUGAAGCCUAUUAUAUCCAUCUUGCCAGAGAACUGGGAUACAGGCAGCUCGAUGGCGACUCUCAGUCAGCAGAGUUGUAAAGCACCAUGACAGAAGUGUUGCGAUGGAGACAUAUAGAUUCAUUAAAGUGUAUCGUGAAUCGUUUAUACGAAGACAUGUGUUGACAGAAGUUGUUGUGCUUGCAAGGGAGAUCGUGAUUAGGUCAUAUCGAUUGGUCAAAAUGUGCCGGGGA